AUGACACCUUCAAAUCAUCUUGAUAAAAAUCAAACUGACAGCUCUAAUUUAGACACUUCUAACAGGUUAAAUAAUUAUUAUAUAAAUGAUUGUGUCCAGUGGAUAAAAGCACGUGGUCUAGAAAAAGUAUAUAAAAUGCGCCAUUCACUUUCUGACAAAAUUCACAGAACGUUAAUAACUGGCCGUGAAUUGUUAAAAGUAGAAAAAUUAGAAGAAUACGUAGGAUUUUAUCUUGGAGAUGACAACAAAACUUUAGCAUCCUUAGCUCUAAGUAUCCCAGUCAAAAAUUGGUUCUACUGCACGGGAAAAAUUUCUGGUUGUGAUAAUGAUAAAAUGGAGAUCAAGGAGUUUGAAGUUGCGAAGAAUCCCUGGCUGAGAAGGCGCCGAUUUUUGGUGGAAAAGUUGAAAGACGCCAAAGUGGUUGGUAUCGUCGUCGCUACCCUGGGAAUUAAGAAUUAUUUGGACGUGCUUGAUAUGGUGAAAAGUAUCCUCAAGAGCAAGAAUAUAAAGUCGUAUAUUUUUAGUGUCGGAAAACCUAAUCCGGCGAAACUGGCAAAUUUUGCAGAGGUGGAUGCAUUUGUGGUGAUAGCCUGUCCAGAAAAUGAGAUAUUUGACUCAAGCGAUGAGCCGACGGACGCGGAAAAAAUGAAGACUCUGGUGUGCAAAAAUGACGGAACUGUCGCGAUCGGCAAAGCUGGCGCAGAUUUUCUUCUCAAUCGUUCCUGGCAGGGGCUGGAACAAAAGCUAGGAGAGACUGAAAUUAUGACAGCUGUUAAGGGUCGCCAUGGAUUACCAAUUAGUUACGACACCGAGCCAGUGAUUGAUAAGUCUUCAGAUCCUUUUGGGUCCCGG